AUGCCGGGGGAAGCGCAAAACAAGUUCGACCUGGUGGAUGUGAAACCCAAAUUUCUUGAGUUCCAUUACGAGUGCACAGACAGCGUGGAGACCUUCCUUGAAAACAAAAAAAAAGUAAUAAAAAGGGAGCGAUUGAAAAUAAAAAACAUAUGCACAAAAACGCAGAAUGUUACAAUAUGCGAAUCAGAUUCAAAGUGUCUUAAAAUUAAAGGAUUAAAAAAAACAAAGUUGGCUCCUGGGACGAGUGCACAAAUUUUUAUUGAGUUCUCUUUCGCUGACGUGAAUUUUAAAACCAGCAAGCUUGGAAAGAAGGACCACAUCUUGGAUGUAGUUAAUAGCCUGGAGUCCACCUCGUACGUAACUAUACAGAGUGAAUAUACAACGAUCAGCAUUCCGAUCUACAUAAAGAAGAGCAUCCCUGUGUUUGCCUACGAUGAUAUCAUAAAUUUUGGAGUUUGCAACGUCAAUCGGACGUACCAGUUUGCGCUCAGGGUGAAGAAUGUGGGUACAAGGAGGGGCGUGUUUGAGCUCUCCCUGGAUGAUUAUCCAGGGGGGAGUGCGAAGGAGUGCACAGAUGAUGAACAGGUGGAGUGUGUGCAGAGAAGGAAAAACUCAGACAAACGUCACCUCUGCAACUGCCGCGAUGAAGACAUGCUGGUUCGGAUUGACCAGCCUUCCCUUGACCUGGACGUCAGCGAAACGAAGACCAUCAAUAUCACCGUCAGCAGUAAAGCGCAGGGGAAAAUGCACAAGGAGUGUAAAGUCAUUUCGAAUCAACAUAGCUACUUCGUGGAGAAGCAGAAAAAUAUCACCCUCCUGGCUAUUUUUACCAACAGUCAUACCUCCUUCCUGUUCGAAAAUGAAAAAACGAAUCUCGUGAAUCUUCAUUGCUUGUACUAUGGCAGUAGGAAAAAGUAUCAGGGGAAAAUAAAGAAUGAAAAUAACUACGGCAUAUUUUGCAUCCCCCGGGUGGAUGCCGUUAAUGUGUUUUACUCCAAGGAGGACCUUCAAUCGUAUGCGGUAGGCAAAGGGCUGGACCUGGACCGGAUAUGCCGCGAUGUAUACAUUGAGGAGGAAGAACACCUAAGCGAAGGAGAAAAAAAGGAAAAGGAAAAACUGUUCGCCAUAACGAAGAAGAAGCUAAAGGGAGAGGAACACAUAGGCGUUACUUUCUGCAGGGCGGAAGGAUACCCAAUUGAAAGGCUAUCCUAUCAAGAGGUCACAUUUGAGAUUGAGUCCAAGCGUGACGCCGGCCUUUUGCACAGACUCAACAGGGACACAGCCUACCUGCUCAACUUCCCUGUCGUGGUGGAGUUGUCUCUGCGGGUGGGGCGGUCGCGCCACGAAACCAGCCAGGUAGGCAGCUCAACGAAGCGGGUAGACAGCUCAACAAAACGGGUAGAUAACUCAACAAAACGGGUAGACAACUCAACGAAACGGGUAGACAGCUCCACCAACCAGAUUCACAGCUCCACAGAACGGGCGCACCUCUCACCCCCUGAGGGCGCUCACACGUUCGACGAGGAGGUUAAGCUCUUCGCGGUCUUCUGCCUCACCUUCCCCUGCGUCCUCCCCAGCACCUACCUUCUAAACUAUGACAACAUAGCCCCCAACGAGGGAAAAACACUCAUCCUAGAGCUAAAAAACAAAAAUAAAUUUCUAAAAGUUAACUAUACCCUUUCCAAGAUCCCCUACUUGACAUUGAGCAAAAAGGAGGGAGUAAUCUCCCCACAGGGAAAAGAAGUCCUAUCGUUAAAACUCCAAUGUGACAGCGUUAAAACGAUAGACGAAUAUAUGUACCUAUAUUUUUGCAAUAAUUUAUAUUUCAUCGUUCUUCUUGUGAGGGGGAACAUCACUUGUACGAACGCAUUACGGAAGGGAUCGUCCUCCAUUCUGCUUGACCCGAAAGGGAACUCAUUUAAGAGGAACCCCCCACAUGGUAAUAACAUCAAACAGAACCAUGACCAAGUAUAUGAACAAAUACUGAGCAAUCUAGAACUAGAAAAAGUGGACAGAAAUUUUUACCAACUUGAUGGAACGCUAGACAAAUAUAAGUACAACGAGAAAUUUAUAAACUUUUUAAAGAAAAAUAAAAAAAAAUACAACGAUGUUUUGAAGCUCAUGUAUGAGGAGAGGAAGAAGGGGGAGGAGUCAGCCCGGAGUGGGACCCAGAGUGGGAUGCAAAGUGGGACCCAGAGUGGAGGCUCCCCUGAGACACGUGAGCACAUGAUGAAGGGGACAGACAGACUCUCCAAAAUUGUCAAAGAUAAAUUUAUAUACAUGAAUGAUCCCCCAGUGGAGCGAAUCAGCAACACGUGCAUCCAGAAGGGGGUCUACGAACGAGAGAGAAAGAAAUACAUCAAAAUGAAGACACAAAAUUUGAAAAUAAAAAAUGGGGAAGAUGCACAAGGAGGGAAUGAACAACCCUAUUUGCUCCAGUUUGACAUGCUAGACGAAGAAGAACUGAAGAAUGUCCAAUUCGUAAGGAACAUCCAAUUUGGGUAUGUCUUACUCGGAACAGAUUACAGCAAAAAGUUUGUCGUCUUUAACCGAAAUAAACACUGCAACGUAAAAGUGGUCCUCACUCAUAGUGAUAACGUCACGACUGACGGGGAAAACCUUUUAGUAGUUGAGAGGGACUCUCACAAAAUGGGCAAUGUCAAGCUGAAUAUAAAACGGCUUUCGGGAGAGAAAGAACCUCAUCAGGAUGGUAAAAGCUACGACCAUAUUUGUGUUAACGAUGGUGACAUUAAAAGUCAAACUGGAGUUUCUACUUCCUUUUUUCAGAGCGACAAUUUUUUAAGCGCUGGAGGUAUUUCCACCCUCGAGGGAGACACACUCACAGCUCCAUGUGCAGACUCAUACAACGAUUUCUUCCUCCUCAAAAAUUUUGAAGAGAAAAUAUCCCUACUAAUUAAUGACUCGCAUGAGAGCGCGGUGACUCUCGGGGCUACUCUCGUCUUUCUAAAUGUCCUCGUCAACCCGCGUACUCUCUACUUUCACUUCCGCGAUGAGGACGUCGAGAUGCUUUGUGAGCGCCAGCUGGUUUUGUAUAACCCCUUCAACGUCCCUCUGCGCGUGGGGAUGGUCUGCAACCGGGAGCUCGUUGUGUUGGACCGGGAGAUCUCGGUACCACCCAAUUCGCACAAAAUAGUCCCCGUCAAUUUUGUCGCCACGGAAAGUGCCACCAGCGUGGCUGAGACCAUUCGGCUCUACUUGGAUGGGAGCAGGCUCUACAAAAGCUUAAAGUGCAAAUGGAUCGCCAACAAGUGCUCCUACAGAGUGACCCCUGCCGAGCUAAACUUUGAAAACGUUCUCCUAAACCAAAAUUAUGUGAAGGAUUUUUUUCUAAUCAACACGGGAGACUCCACUGUGGUGUUCCAAUGCAGCUACAAACCGGAUUGUGUGAGUUUACUCUCCAAGUAUAACUAUGUGAAGAAGAAUGAGAAAAUCAAAAUUUCUGUCCUCCUCAAUUUAAGGGAAGCCAAAAAAAUAAAGGACAAAAUUGUUCUGGCCGGCACCCCCUCCAACGUACUCAUCAGCGACGGGCUUCACAUCCGACAAAGAACAGGAGAGCUCAAGUGCUACGAAGUGAAAAUACUGAACAGAGGACCAUGUGAUGAAACCAUCCUCUUAGACACAUCAUCUGUUGACUUCCUAAACAUCCAAAUGGGAGAAAAAAAGGAAAGGAAAAGGACCUUCUCUGAGUGUAUCGGCAAAGAAUACAAAGAUGCGAGUAUAAAAGAAGAUGUCGUAACGGUGGAGAGGACUUACAACGAUGAAUACGAUGACCUCCUGACAGAUGAAUGUGCAAAGUAUCAUAACAACAAUUUUUUGAAGCUGCACAAUUUGGUAUCAGCCUUCUACCAAAAUAAAGGGCAAAUCCUUUUUAAAGAAAAAAGAGAAAUAAAAAACAUGUACAGAGUUGUGGUGCCAUCCAAAUGCUUCCUCCCUUUGUGUAUUCAAUGCUACUCCUCUAGGACCAUGAGGAAAGCAAUUACCUUUCAGAGUUUACUCAAUCGUAAUAAAGUUGCAUACGAAAAAUCGGAAGAAUUAAUAAAAGUAGACAUUGAAGAAGGGCACUUGGAGGCUGACGAAGCUUACAUAUCAUAUUUUUCGAGAGAGAGGACGAAAAGGUUGACAAUCAGAAAUGUGUUCAGUCAACCUGUGCAGUGGGCAAUCCGCUUGGAUGAGGAGAAGCGCAGGGAACUCUACAUGGUUCGACAUGCGCACAGGGGGGGGGCGAAAAUUGAUGAACGGAAGGGAGAAGCGGGGAAGUCGAAGAGAGUGGGAAGCGUCAUAGGGGGGACCGCCAAACCGGGAGGCGCAGUCAAAUCGCACGAAUCGGAUGGACCCACCGAGGAGCGCCAAUACCAAGUGCACCCCAGCAGGGACCGAGGCAUUCUACAACCAAACGAAGAGACGACGGUGGAUAUAAAGCUAAGCGGCUUCAAACUGUGCGGAAGGUAUGUGGACGUGCUAGACAUCUCUUCCUGCCUCUUGGGUUCCCACAGUGCGGGAAGCAAGGUCGGCGGCAUGGUUGGCGGCAAGGACGACGGCAAGGGCGACGGCAAGGACAGCCACAGUGACAACCACAACUACAGCCACAAUGACAACCGCAACGACAGAGAAGCGGCACCAGCGCAAAAGCAAGAAACAGAACAUGAGAUCCAUUUCUCCCUCUACAUGCUCAUACGUUGCGACAUACCGAAGCUUCAGUUCGACGUAACCUACAUAAACAUAGUCCACAACAAAUUAAACGAUUAUUGUUCCUUCCCCUUCGACAUAUACAGCCAUGGGUACAACUACGUUAGGGUUCAUUCCCAUUUCAAGAAUCUGCACCCAGAAUGCUUUUCCAUCUCCUUCGACUUCAUCGAUGGAAAUGAAAUAACCGAACAGGUGAAGAAGCUGCGCAUGUCGUUAAAGUGCAAAUCGUCCAGGUGUUUGAAGUUCAAGUCGCAGAUCGUCUUUAGCGUGAUGGACCAUCACCAGUACACCAUUCCGCUGUUCGUGAGCAUCGACGAGGGAGUCGACUUCCUGCUGGGGAAGGCGGCCAGGGAAGAGGCAGGCGAAGGGAUCGGCCAAGAGGUCGGCCAAGAGACCAGCGAAGAGACCCGCCAACAGACCCGCCAACAGACCAGCGAAGAGAUCCACGAACCGCUGGACGAUAUGGCGGACGACCUCCCCCCUGAAAGCAGCCCCAAAGGAGACUCCAAGGGUACCCGCCCUGGAGGGAACCACAGCGAAGGCAUAAUCAUAGAGAGAAGUCUACACCAGCAUAUGAACACAGCAGGCAUCCAAUUUGAUAAACAAAACGAACUUCUCUCCUUUUUUUGCAAAAAUGUGGAGGAAAUAAAAAGGGGAAGUACUAACGGAGAUAUAUACAAAGGACUCAAAAUUAGUAAAAUCAGAAACGUCUACUACAAUAAGGAGGAAGAAGGGGUGUACCCACUGAGAGAAAUUAUUGGAGAUUACCUUUUCGUUUUUGUCCAAAAAAUUUUGUUACAAAAAAGUUACUUCCCCCAGGUGAUUGAAAGCACAAACGAUUUGUUUCUCUUUUUUGUGGACCUUCUAUUCGACCUCUUUUCUUCUAUUUAUCCAAACAGAACUCUUCAUAACAUUAUUUUCGAACUCAAGAAGCAUCGAACUGUUGAGGUGAAGGACAUGGAGCGACAAGACUUUCUGGAUGAAAAGUUUACGAAAAAUGUGAAGGCCCUUUGGGAGUGCUUGAAGGAGGAACGCAUCCCAGUGGAUCACAUCAUUUACGAAAAUUUGUUGCCAGCGGAUCUGUACCUUCCUCACAUUUUGGACAAAGUACCGGACUACUUCCAUGUUGAAGAAAAGGACGAGGAGGAGGAGUACUAUGGCGAGAACACAGGGCACCUAUCCAUGCAAGACUUCGAAUCAUUUUUGCUAAAUGGAAAUAAAAAGGUAUUCUACUUUGAACAAAUUUUUAAAACACAUGUAAGACUAUUCAGUUACUCCUGGAUCACUAUCUUCCUCGAGAUAUUAAACAGAAAUUUUUUUGGCGGAAUCAACAUCAGCUCGUUGAUCAACCAGCGUGGGAUUAAACUGUACAGCAUAGAAAACAAGCUGAACGAAAAUAUAAAAAUGUGUAAAAUUAGCUACCUUGUAAUUCUAGAUACACAAGACAUGGAGCUAAACAAGCAUGUCUCAUUUUUAAGUGACAAGAAGGGCAGAUCCAGGAGAAAGGACGCCAGGAGUUUGACAAGCCUGCAGAUUAAUAGCGCUGGUACUGCUACACUAAAUGUGGCGGGGCCAUCUCUGAAUACUCGUAGUGGUAAUCUCACUUAUAGAGAUAACAGCACCUCCCAGAGAAGCGAAAAAUAUGCUCAUAAUUAUGUGAAGAAAAGGACUACCAAGGAUAAAACUUGCUACGAAAUGAACUACUUCAAUUUUUACGAAAAUAAUUUCAUCGACUUGAAAAAAAUUGUCAACAAAAUUAGUAGUUUUUGCUGCCCCUCGGGGGUAGAAGUAGAAGAGCAACCAAAUGGGACGCAAGAAACGGUGCAGGGGAAUAACGAACUGGAGAGCGCCAAAGGGGAUACAACCAUGGGGGGGAAUAUCCCAAGGGGGGGGAAAAAGAACACACCUUUUAAGAAAGAAUCGACCAAGGAGGUCGCCAAAGGGGUCGCCAAAGGGGGCGUCAAAGAAGCCACAAAAGAGAUCGCCAAAGAGACCGCCAAAGAGAUCGCCAAAGAGACCGCCAAAGAGACCGCCAAAGAGACCGCCAAAGAGACCGCCAAAGAGACCGCCAAAGACGAGCCCAGCGGAAUUCUCCUCUUCAAAAGCGCAGAGUGCAUCCUUUUCGAGUGGCUCUAUUUUCACUACAACAAUGUGUAUCACGCGAAGGUGGAGGAUAAGCGGUACGUGUUUAAGGAGGCCCGUGGGGGAAGUGACGAUGAGUUGUCCUAUACGAAGGGAGACCCGAAUGAAGCGCGCAGAAGAGGUAGCCCCUGUGGAAGCCCCAGUUGCGUCCCAAGUGACUCCCACCGUGGUAGCGCUUCGGGGGAGCUGGGCCCAAGUCAGGUGCAGAAAAUCCCCAAGUUGAGCAAAAUAAACUUCCAGGUAGAAAUAAAAAGGAAGAAAAAGGAGGUCGAAAAAAAGAAAAAAGCAAAAAGCAUCCACGAAUUGAAGGACCUAGUGAUGAUCCUCUACACCAUCAUUUCGCACAUCCCCUAUUACCUAUUCUUUAAAAACAAAAUUAAAGUGAAAUGCAAAUCAAGAAGGGACUACAACCAUAAUAUAGACAUUCUACUUAUAAUGCUCAGCGAAAUGAAGUUGAGUAGUCUAAUCAGUAGAGUGGUGCUCCUGCAGUUUAACUACAUCCAUAUAUAUCUGUUUUUGGCAUCCCUGUAUUUUAUCCUACCGAGUUAUUUACCCAGCUACUACUUAGUCCUGGACGACUUCUCCGCGUACAAGGUUGACUUGAGCUUGAUAAAUGACGAGGUGGUGAACAGCCGGAAGAAAGGAAAAAGUCAGCCAAUGGGUAAGGGGCAGCAACCAACUAAGGGGGAGCAGCCAACCAAGGGGAAGCAACCAACCAAGGGGAAGCAGCCAAUCAUGGGGCAGCAGCCAACCAAGGGGAAGCAGCCAAUCAUGGGGCAGCAGCCGACAAAGGGUCCACUACCUCCCCAAAACAAGACCAACGCACACACCGAUGGGGAGAACGAAAAAACGGGUUGCGGAGACGGUCAAACCGUGGCGGACGAACGGGUCAUAACUGUGUACAACUUAAAUAGCCACAAAUGUAAAUAUGAGGUAUUUCUCAUUGGCUGCAAUAAGUACCAAAUCGAUAGAAACUGCAUGAGCAUUGACCCCCUGAAGUCGGAGCAAAUAAAAUUGAAAAUAGACAAGGGGUAUGACGAAAAGGUGUUGAGGCACAGCUACCAUACUAGCAUUAAGCUUUCAUAUUUGAAGAAAAGAAGACACAAAGGGGACAUGUGUGACGGCGAAAAACUACACUUUGAGGACAGUUACUCCGUUUCGUCCUGCUCCUCGGAAGAGUGCCAGUGCCCCUCCGACGGGGCCGACAAAGUGGACGCGGGGACUGACGAAGAGAGUCGGGUCAACCCAGGGGAAAAUUACGCCAUCCUGGUGCUGCGGGCGGAAAGCAAUCACCUGCAGGACGAAAAGGACAGCGAGAAAUACAUCUGCAUCAAACUGGUAGAAAGGGGCGAAAAGGGGAAGAUCGAAUUGACGCCCCCAGGAGCAAACAUAAGGGGGAAGCAAAAUGAAGGAAAUAAUGUAAACGCUAAUGUACACAAUGGAGGAACGAGGAGCGAGGUUAACAAAAUGCGUACGGCCAAUUCAUCUCAGUUAAAUAUUAUGCUAAAUGAUAGCGAAAUAAAGUGUUUUAAUUUGAGGGGAAAAGUGUACGAAAGGAAGGCUAUGGAAUUGAAUUUGUUCAAUAACACGGGGAAAGAGGUCGAGGUGAAUUCGAAUCUGUACCAUUUGUACGUGAAAGAUUUGAAGAAAGAGGAGAAAAGAAAGGAAAAUUUCGAAGCAGAGGUAGUGAAUAGGUGGGGCGGUGACCAUAUGGGGGGACAUAACCAAUGCGCUGUGUGUGCCUUAGUUAAUACCAACUUGAGAAGCCACUUGAGAAGCCACUUGGGAAGCCACUUGAGCGGAACGCCGACUCACUUUAGCUGCUUCCAUUUAGUCGAAAAAAGCCGCUUCAGUUGCCUCCAAAAUGAAAAAAAAAAAAUACAAGUGCAAUUUUGCCCGUUUGCAGAAGGGACUUAUUUCUGCUUCCUUCUAUUUAAUGUGAAUGACAAAAAGACCAACUAUGUCGUGUCGGCAUGCAAAGUCAACUGCUCCUUUAACAUAAAUAACGUAAAGGAGGAAGAGAUCAUAAAGAUGAGCUCCAAAACUUUCAGCUUCUCGUACCAUUUAAAAGUCUGUCCUGUAAAUAGGGAGUUCCUCAAGUGUGUAAAAUUCAUCCUUUGUAAUUUGAACAGUCUGGAGGAAAAGCAUUUUUUGUCUUACUUAAGAGAUUACCUAGAGGAUAUACAUAAGGGGAGGGACCAUUUUUUUCUCAUGUGUGAUAAUGAAGAGAAGCUGAUCAUCGAAAAAGGCUUUGCAACGUUUGGCCCACUUGAUUACGAUAAGUACGUAGAAAAAAUCGCAUAUUCUGAAGGAGUAGACAUAGAGCAGUUAUACGAACUGGUGAAGAAAGAGGUCAAUUAUGUGUGCACUUUGCGGAUAGCAGAACAAAGUAACGGUGUGUUCGAAUAUAAGUGUGCUCUCGUAAGACAGAGGAAUAUCCCACAAGGUAGGAGUCAGUUAUCCUCCUAUGAACAGAUCCGAAAGUUACACAUAAAGGAGCAGAAGGAGAUAUGUGACCCUUUCUACAAAGUGUACAAAAUUAUCGCAAGUGUGAAUGAUGCGAACAGUACUCAAUCGUUAUCCAUUACGUUUAAAACGAGCGCAUUUCUGAUGGCUAAAAAAGCCAUUCCUCUGUAUAACUACACCAAUGGAGUGGUAACAUACAGGCGAGUGUACUCAGAUGUAGUGGAUGAGAAUAAUAAGAUAGUACGUUACAACAUUUUCAGCUGCCCAGAAUACAUAGAAAUAGGAAAAGACGUUGAAUCGGUUAACUUUGAAGUGAGCUGUUACUCCAUCAUCGGGUUGACAUGCUCCUGCUGCAUCACUCUCUACAACGUGAAGAAUGAAGAGGAACAGAUAAAGAUAAACGUACAGGCAAAUGUUAUGAAGCCCUAUCCGAAAGAUACCAUCCAUUUGAAGCUACUAAAUAGAAUGAGAAAAACAGCACAGAUAGAGAUUUACAACGAGCUUAAUUCUCACUGCGAGUUUAAGGUUUACUCAGAUUUGUCAAUCCUGUUUGGUGUAAAGAAAAUCGAAAUGCUGCCAAGACAGAGGAAGGCAUACACGUUCUUCAUCACAAGUGCACACAUAGGAGAAUACAUGGGGUGUAUCAUCUUCAAGUUUCACAAGCUGCUUCGUUCAGGUGGUGGAGAAGAAAAAACGAGUGAUGCCUUCUUCCCCUUUGCGAACUAUUUCUUCUGGUAUAAACUGAACAUAACCGUUGAGUUGAAUAAACCAUUGAAGAUUUUAUUUUUGGAAACGAAUGUAGGAGAGGAAGUAAAUAAGGAAAUUGUUUUAAAAAAUAAUGGCAACGAGAAUGAGGACUAUUUUUUGCUCGCCUACAUGAAUGAGUACAUUGAGAGGAGACAGGUCCAGGUGCCCAAGAAUGACAUUUACGUGUAUAACAUUAAGUACGCUCCGAAGAUUCCCAACUAUUUUAAUGGGGGCGCCAGCGGGGGAAGCGCCCCCGGAAGUGCUCCCGGAAGUACCGCUGAGCAUGCCCUUGGAAGUCCCCCUGAACGUGCCCUUGGAAGUCCCCCUGAGGAGGGGAGUGCUGCUGGCGGGGAGAAGGAUCCAACCGUGCAGAGGGACCUCCAAAACUUUUACUUCCCCCAGAACGGCGACUCCGAUUGGUGUGGCGCGCCCGGGGGGGAAAUCCCCAGGUGUUAUGGGGAUGCGGAAAAAAAGAGGGGGGACGAACCUGACCAUGGGGGAAAAGGUGCACCGGAGGGGUCCCCCAGGGAAGAGGCCUAUUCUGGAAAGCGCUCACCGGAGGGUUCCCCCAACCAAGGCGCUGCUCUAAAGCAGAAACAUAAGCCUUUUCCCCCAAACGAGAAAAAAAUAUUCGAAGAUUUGAUCACCUACUGCAAGAAGUACAUUAAAGUGGACAUUUCGUAUAGGCCACAAAACAUAGGGUUCUUUUUUAUCUACAACAAAAAUGAAGGAAUCAAUUACUACAUCUUGAUUUUGCUCUCCAGAAUGAGGACCGAAUUGAAGGUGGAAAACUUCUCCACCUGUUUGUCCAAGUCCUGCUUCCUACAUCUGCACUUCAAGUUUAAUGAACAGGACAAGCGAUAUGUCCAUCUGAUGCAAAGGAUGGGGGAAGACCCCUGUUCUGGUAAUUAUCAUUAUGAAAUUGGGGAAGGGGUGAAAUACCCCCAGGGGGGAAGAAAUGCUUUAUUGGAAGGGAAUUUCCAACGAGGCGCUGCACACACGUGUCGCGCGUACCAAGCAUACGAUGACCAUGCUUCUGCCGCUUCUGCUGCUUCUGCUGCUUCUGCUCCUGCUGCUGCUCGUGAUGAAUGGGGGGGGGAGGCGGAGAGGAGAAAUGCAAACAACCAUGCGGAUGCCCCCAUUUAUAAGGGCAACCACCCUUGCAGUGGGGAUGCAGCGGACCAGGUGAAUCACGAACUUAAGUGCAUUUACCUAAGCAAUAGAAAAAAUUUCUACAUUGUGAACCAUAAAGACGUAAAUAGGGUUGUUCUAAAGUACAGACCGACGGUGAGUAUGUCCCAAGAAUGCUAUGCCAUCAUUAGGAGCAGUCUUCACGGGGACUUCCUCUACCGGAUACAUGGAACAUACAAAGUGAGGAGAAAAAUAAAAGAAAAGAUGGUCUUAUACAACUCGUGCUGUUUGUAUAAUUUUAAUGUAAAUCUUUUUAACCCCUUCAACUGCAAAGUGAGAGUAAAAUGUAGAUUUAAGGAGAGAGGCACAAACCAGUUAUGCAACAACAGAGAUGGUACGGAGGGAACGAAAGAGAAAGACAUAGAUGAUGGACAGUAUAUCACCUCGUUGCAAAAGGAGCAAGUUCUACUAAACAAUGAAAGGAAUUACUUAAAGAUAUUAAAUAAAGAAAAUUUUAAAAUAAAAAUGAGGAGGCAUUUUACCAUUAUGAUGACAUACUUUUCCAAAGAGGCUUAUUCUAGGAGGACGGUGCUUAUAGUGAUGAAGCCAUUUCGCAGGGAUGAGAUUCAUGGGGACGUUCCUCCGAUGAUUACUUACGAAUACGAUUUUGUGUUUAACAAUUUGUUGAGGAGUGGUAGGAUCCGGGAUGAGGUGCGGUGCAUCCCCCUUGUGGGUGAGAGCAACAACGCGGGAGGAAGGGGGAACCGAGGUGAGAAGCAGCGAUCCCUAGAGUGCGAAGACCUAGGGGUAAGCACAUCAUGCUGUUGGAAUUCGGGUGUGGAUGAACCGGGGACUGGUAGCCGCGCGGGUGGAAAUUUCACCACGAGGCGUUCCGAGGAGGGAUGUACGGAAGCUAUCCCGUCCGAAGGGGGCCAUGCGGAAGUUAUCCCAUCCGAAGGGGGCCAUGCGGAAGUUAACCCGUUCGAAGGGGGCCAUGCGGAAGCUAUCCCGUCCGAAGCGAGCGAUGGGGAAGAAGCCCACCCAUCCGAACAAUCUGAAUCGAACCACACCUCACGCAGUCCCUCUGCAUCCAGCGAACGAAGUCAUUUCACGCUGAACGCAAGCGAAUUUGGCACAGCGGACGUGCUGGACGGGGAGCUCAAAUUGGAAGACGCCAAUACAAGCGAAUUUGAGAAGCACCACACCUGCUUUAGUCCCCCCGGCGAUAAGGCGCUAUGGUGUCCUAAUGACUACGGCGUAGAACACGACGUAACGCGCGAUCGGGUUCUCCCCUGUGCAGAGGAUAAUAACGAGGUGGUGCAAUACGACGGGAAGAUAUUUAUCGAAAGUAUGUGCAGAACGAAGACGUGUGUAGAGGUGCACAUAGAUAAGGCCAAGAUGCGGGCAGGGGUAACUUCCCCCCAGGGGGUGGACCAACUGGAGAGGAAGGAGCAGGAUGGGAAGGAGCAGGAUAGGAAGGAGCAGGAUAGGAAGGAGCAGCAGAUGAAGAAGCAGGAGAGGGAGGAGCAGGAGAUGAAGAAGCAGGAGAUGAAGAAGCAGGAGGGGCAAAAUAAUGCGCUUCACAGGAAUGUGCAAAGGGGAAAGUAUAACUAUAAAAUAUUUUUACUAAACGUAAAAAAUAUACGUAAGAGUGUGGACAGCGUUGGGGAUAACAGUGGACGUGGCGGCGGCGGCUGCGGAGGGACAGUCGGGAUGGACGUAAAAAUGAACACGCUCCUUUUCGAUGUGAAUGAGGGACUGCUAAAUGAUUACCUGUACGUCCACAUUGUGGAGGACACGGACGCGCGCCUCGUGCUGAAUUUGGAGCUGCUGGCCUUUCUGCCCUUCCACUGCAGCUUUGACGUUUUGGUAAGCAGGGCGGAAGGAGAGGGAGCAGCCCACGAAGGAGAGGGAGCAGCGGGGGAAGCCUACAAAGUAGCCGAGGAAUCCCGCGGGGGAGAGACCCGCUGCAGACGCACCACCCUGGACCAGAAUCACAUAAGCGUAGAAAUAUUCAACUGCAUGAACGUGUCGAGACAAUACCUAAACAUCAACGUUGAUGAGCAUUUAUGUGGAGAAACAAAGCUCAACAUUUUUUAUAAUCACACAAGGGACUCCUACUUCGAUGCAUAUGUGGUUAGGCACAACCAGCUGAACAGUAGCAGCUGUUUGUCAAACGAAAUUUUAAAUUUUGAAGUGAAGCCUAAAUGUGGGAUUUUAAAGCACGGGAGUUACAACAAGUUUUUCAUUACAAGGACGAACAAGAAUGGGGUCUUAUCAUUUAACAACUCGUUUUUGCUUUUAAUUAAAACGGAGCGGAGUGUCUUUUCGUACAUGGUCUUUUCUCACUACAGGGCGGCCCCCAGCGAUGCACUCGCGACGGUAGGGGCGUAG